AUGAAUAAACACACACAGUCUCGAAGCGGGCACAAAGAACCGUGCGGUGGUGGGUUUCAUUGGCUGUGGGUUUUGAUGCAAAGAACUGGAUUACAGUAGAUGGUCGUGUUGUGAGAUGGAAUAUAAAUACUUCCUCUAUCUUUAAUUUUCAUUUUACAGCGAUGGAUUCAACCCCAGCCCUCAGACUGCUGCAGCAGAUGAACCCCGGCCUUUUCGGCGAGCCAAUGUUUGAGCAGCCGAUGAAAAGUGAGAAUGGAUUUGCAACGAUAAACGCCACUGUCCAAAGGCUGAUGUUUUGGUUGAUGCUGAAGUGUAAUGAGGGCUUAUCGAGAGCCGAGGAGCCGCCACUUUUACAGCCUGAAGUGGUAAGUUCAGCGGAUAGUUUGUCCCUGAACUUGCGGACAUUGUUUGACUAGUGUAAAAGACUUCAACGAUAAUUGGGGCCAAUUGUUCAUGCAUUCCAGAGGAAUAUGGGAUUUCCCAGCUGUUGUUUUUAACAAAAAUUUUUAGCGUUUUUUUUGGAUUAGCAGAUUAAAGGGCAGGGCCAAGUGUGACGCUCAGAUUUCCCUUAAAUUUUGCCUCGGGCAUACACCACAUAUUUAUAGUUAGUUUACUGAAUGUUCUAGCUCGUACUUUGCAGGCGCAAAAAACAUAUUCAACGAUCUUUGUGGCUAAAAGAGUAGGUAAAACCCCGAGGGCCGUGAGAAGAACAAGGGCACCUUUUGGCUAUAUCUUUGCAAGGAAAAGUUUGCUUUAUUUGUGGGUAAAUUACACUGUACGAUAAAAAUAUUUCCUCGAACUUUUCAUGCCAAAAUUUGCAAGAAGUGUAGCUGGACGCUGCACUAGUACUAGUGCAGCUUAUUUGUGAACAAAGCCUGCUUCAUUCUGAAUAUAUUUGUUGAGUAGUAAGUAUGCAUUAUAAGUACUAUACGUAAAAUAUCAUCAUAAUUAGUUUCCAGUACUUUUUUGAUCUUAUUGCGUUACCAGCGAGAAGGCACGGUCCAGAAAGCGAUCUAUGGAUUCGAAAACCAGCAUUCCCGGAAAAAAACUGGGACUACAAUGUGUAGUAUACAAAGUUUUCUCCAAGAAAAAACCGAACGUAAAAACAGCUCCAUGGGCAAAAUUUCUCAGUCAUCCGAGAAACAACCAAAUGUAUCUGAAGACAACAAUCUCAAAAUUCGUAGCAAGUCUUUACACACAACUCUGACUGCAUCUGACUACACUCCAUAGAGGAUUUCGAAUACAAACUAUUUUUAGAACGCUCAAGAGCCAAUGUUUCAUAUCCCACAAACCGAACGAUGGUUGGCGAAAAAGCAGUCGCGAAAACAACAGUCAUCGCUCACUCUUCGCGACGAAGUCUUGCGGCUGGUUGAUGACGCAAGGAGAAGCCGACCAAAGCUUCGAUAUGACCCGUUUGACCCGGUGGAGAAUCAAAAAUACAUGACAAAUGAUCCCACCUCUCCCUAUCGUCAUCAUCCCAUCAAUGUAAGCGGAGUUUGCCAGAUGAAAUGAUCAAAGCGCGACGCUCAGAUUUUGAUAAAACUUGGCAUUUUUGGAGAAUAAUUUUUCCCAACAAUAAGGCAUCUGAGACUACAAAGAAAAAAUUGACGGAAAUUUUAACUCGCGGUUUGCAGGAACGACCGAAAUUUUUAGAUCGGAACUUGGCAUAAAUGAAACAAUUUUUGGCGAAUUUCGGCACGAAAAGUUUUAUAUCUUUUACCGUAGAACGUAUUUUUUCUACAAAAAAAUACUUUUUUCCGUAUGAAACCGGCGGAGGCCAAAAAGUGGUUUUCUCUAUGGCCGUACUCUCUCAGCUCCAAAAAAAAAUGUUGGCUGCCCUGCAAAGCGUCAGCCAAAAUUUUCAAGAAUUAAUAUUUGAUAUAUGUCCUCUGUCUGCAAACAAAAAAAUCUGAGCGUUGCACGAUCUUUGUGGCUAAAAGAGUUGGUAAAACCCCGAGGGCAGUGAGAAGAACAAGGGCACCUUUUGGCUAUAUCUUUGCAAGGAAAAGUUUGCUUGUCUCCUUCUUUUUAUGAGCUAAUUCUAGGCCGUCCAGAAAGUUCGUUCACUUUUUUCAUUGCUUUGUUUUACAAGGAUUGUUUCUUCUUUGGAAAAGGGAAUAUAUUUAUUUGAUACAGCUUUUUCUCCUCUACAAAACUGUGUUUUAGUUUUUUUGAAAACCUUUGCUAAACGACAAACAAUCCUUGUAAAACAAAGCAAUGAAAAAAACAAACGAGCUUUCUGGACAACCUACUAAAAUAUGGCCAAAUUGAAAAAAAAAAUAUAUGAAAGUGAAAAAAAUGUGGCCAAAUUGAAAAAAAUGUGGCCGAAUUGAAAAAAAUGUGGCCGAAUUGAAAAAAAUGUGGCCAAAUUGAAAAAAAUAUUGCCAAAUUGAAAAAAUAUUGCCUUUUGGUCGAAUUGAAAAAAUUGUGGCCAAAUUGAAAAAAAAUGUGGCCAAAUUGAAAAAAUAUUGUUCUGUGGCCAAAUUGAAAAAAAAAUAAUAAAAAAAAGCCAUAAUUUAUUGGAUUUGGCUAGAUUAUUUCACUUUGGCCGUUCCCUCAUCGGGGGUGCACGAAAUUUCGCUUUAGAGGGGGGUUCUGUCAGGGGGGUUCAGUCAGGGGGGUUCCUUUCUGAGGGGUUGGGUGGGUUCAGUCAAGGGGGUUCAGUCAUGGGGGGUUCAGUCUCCUAACACGACCUAUACUUGAACUAGCGGCAUCACACGUUAAUGCAGACUCCACAACUUGAAUGACCUUUGCAAUUUCAGCAAAAGCGCAGCCGAAAUGCCGAAAUAAUCUCGGAUAUUUGUCUCUUCUUUGUUCAACAAGCCUUACUUCACGACCCGCUGUAUGACAUCCUCGACGAAGAGACCUUAAAACUGCUUGGAUUGGACGACCACAAAAUUGAAAAUAUCCAAGAGAAUUGA